GCUUCUUUGUUUUUCCAAAGGAAAUAUUUCCCCCUCGUUCGCCCGUUCGUCGGCGCGCACGCGAAAACUCAAAAAAAUAAAAACCGCAAAAAAAGAAUGCCCCGUCGACCCGACCGUAACACCACCACCACCUCCUGACUCGCCCACAUCGCCCACAUCACAUUCUCCUCACGCGUCCUUCGUCAUCUCUCUCUCUCUCUCUCUCUCUCCACCGACGACACACUCCAAACCUUCCCCCCUCCCCUACUCUCAAACCCGAAACUACCACCAAAACCGUCUUCAAUGGACGACGCCGUCGGAUACACCACCGCCACUCCACCGGCCCCUCCCCCCACCCGCACCCCGUCUUCCAUACCCAUACGCGAAGACUGCUGGUCCGAACACGCCACCGACACGCUCGUACGGGCCUGGGGCGGCCGCUACCUCGAACUCAACCGCGGCAACCUCCGCCACAACGACUGGCAGGAGGUCGCCGACGCCGUCAACGCCGUCCACGGCCACACCAAGAAGUCCCGCCGCUCCGACGUCCAGUGCAAGAACCGCAUCGACACCCUCAAGAAGAAGUACAAGGUCGAAAAGGCUAGGGUUUCCGAUGACGCCGGCGGCGCUUACGUCAGCGACUGGCCCUUCUUUCCCCGCCUCGACCGCCUCAUCGGCCCCUCCCACAAACCCUCGCCGCCCCUACCGCCUCGUCGGAAAACCCCGCCGGCGCCGGUUCCGGUUCCGGAGAUGCCUCAGUGGACGGUUCCGGUGGGUCCCCGGUCGAAGCGGCCGGCGCCGGCCGCUUCGACUUCGGCGAUCGUGAGGAGGAAUUUCUCGGCGAUGGCUGCGGCUGCCGCGGCAGCGGAGGCAGAGGAGGAGGGGGAGGAGGCGGAGGAAUCGAGUGGCGGGAGCGAGAAGGAGGGGAGCGGGGCGGAGUGGUACCGGGGGGUGGCGGAGGCGAUAGAGAGGGUGGGGGAGGUGUACGGGAGGGUGGAGGAGGCGAAGCAGAGGCAGAUGGUGGAGCUGGAGAAGCAGAGGAUGCAGUUUGCUAAGGACUUAGAGGUACAGAGGAUGAGGAUCUUCAUGGAUGCGCAGAUACAGAUGGAGAAGAUUAGGCGGGGGAAGAGGAAGCAGAGGAGCUCGGAAUCUGACAGUUAUUUGUAGACGAUCAUGUCGGAAGAAAACCUUUUCGAGUGAUGCUGAAACUUGAUGGAAGGUGUAGGAGGAUAUUUUGUUUAGCCCCUGAAAACACAUUAGAUAUAUGCUACUAGUGAUUUUGCAGGACGAGGAUAUCACAUGAGUAGCAGUAGGUUGUGAAGUUUGGAUGAUGCUUCCGUAAUUGUGAUACUUCAUUUCUGUUUGCUGUUGGGAAACUACAGAAUUAAGAAUAGAGGGGGUGGGUAUAUAUUCUGGUUUUGUCAACCGGUAGGGUAAUUUGUUUUCUUGUUGGGUGCUUCGGAAUAUCUUUGGCAAGUGUAUUACUACUGUUAAGGAUUGUCCGAUUCUAUUUUGUUGUGAAAUGACUUGUGUGUUAAAAUUUUGAA